ACACAGGAUUAGUUACUGUUUCCAACCAGGACGAUGACCAGUUCCUUUGCUUUGCACAGGGCAACUUCAACUUUAACUUCCACUCAACUCUUCAAGAAGUCGAUUCAAGCUGCCUGGCUGGGUGCUGACGUCAUGAUUAUACAAUGGGACCAUCAAAGCUUGUGGCGCCUGUGUGACGACAAGUAGGUUUGGCUGCACUUUGUAAACCAUGGAUGCUCUUGGGCCUGUCAAACCAGACUUAACUGAAAACGUGACUCUGAAGACCCGAUCAAGGAGGAAUAAAUGUGACAUUUUAUUUCUAUUGACUGUGUUUGGUCACUUCAUUGAUAUAGACUGAUGACUUCAGAUCAUGCACAUGAUCAAAUCUUUGCUUGUGACAUUGUGGCAUAGAGGAUUUGUAACGUCUGUGAAGAGCUGAAGUUUUAUUUGACGAUGACGGAGGACUAGCAACAGGUGCAAUCAUCUAAUGCCUCCGCUGUGACCUUUCAGAGAUGAAAAGGAGUUAAGGUGAAGAACCUGGCCUGGAUUAAUUGUCAUCUGGGAUGAGACGCUGUAUUGCAUCGGGCCAGCGGACAUAAGCUCUAGUUCCUCCUAGAGUUGUCCUGGCACCCCACAAUAAUUGAAAAAGUGUGUGGGGGAGGUUUUAAAUGGUGUUGAUAACGGAGGAGCAAAUUGAAGGUUCAAAGGUUCGAGAGAAUGGAGCAACUGGAGGACCUGGAUUUGGUGAUAUUGGAUUCACGACCAAUAAAGGGGCUAUGGAUACACCUGUCAUGUCCAUCACUAUGGUGGAUGAAGAUGGGAAUGACAGCGAGAUAUCAGGAGAGGAAUAUCAAGAGGAGAGGGAAGUUGAUUACACACGCAACUACUGGGAGGAUGAGGAUGAUAUCUACCAGGAGUUUGAGGAGCUGGACUUCGAGGCUCUGCCGGAUCGCUCGGACACGCGGAGCAUCGCCUCGGACGACUCCUUCUAUCCCCCAGACAAUUCAGUCAUGUCGGACAUGUACCGCUCACCAAGCCCUGAGUCCAUCUCCUUCUUCAAGGCAUGCUGCAACAACAACUCCAUCAUCGUCAAAGUCAUGAUCAGACAAGGAAUGACCGAGGAGGAAGUGUGGGAGACAGAUAAGAACAGAAGAUCUGGCCUGAUCGUGGCGUGUUACCAUGGCUACUUGGAUGUGGUCAUCGCCCUCUCUCAGUGUCCGUUUCUGGACGUCAACUGGCAGGAUAAUGAGGGCAACACUGCUCUGAUCACGGCAGCACAAGCAGGUCAUUUGUACAUCUGCACCUAUCUGCUGAACUACUUCCCUGGGUUGGACAUUGAGAGGAGGAACUGUCACGGUUUCACAGCUCUGAUGAAGGCGGCCAUGCAGGGUCGAGCUGAGUGUACUCGGACUCUCUUGCUGGCUGGAGGUGAUAUUCAGGCCCGGGACAGCAGCCGCGGUCUGACUCCCAGGGAGUGGGCUCUGUUCACUGGUCGCUAUGAGACAGCCAACCUGAUGGACCGUCUGAUGCUGAAGCCCUGUGCCGAGCAGUUCUGUGACUCCUUCCCUCUGGAGUGGCCUAUACUGGAGGAGCUGGUGGACCAGGGCCGACCACCGAAUUCCUGCUGGAGGCGUUUGAUCAACAUUCUCUCCUGCUGUCCUUAUAGGUUUUACAUCAACAACAAGGUAAACCCUGUGGACGAGGGUGUUCUCGACCACAUGGUCCAGAUCACCACCAGUCUCUCCAGCCCGCUCAUUGCCAUAGCCUGCAGGACAGUGUGCCCGGGCAGCCCCCCCUGCAUCGGGAAGCGCCGUCACGCUGUGCAGGAGAUUCUGAGGCGGCACCGUGUCGCUCAGUUGAAGCACUUGGGCCCUGACAGACUGAACAACUAUAAGAGAUUAUUCCAGAACUCAAAGGUCCUCCUCAUUCCCAGGGAGAGGGAUCGGAGGGCCAGCCUGCAGCCCCAGCUGCUCAGUGACAUAGCCAUUGCGUCCUCUGUGGCUUUUAGGCGAGCCAGUCUCCUGCCACUCAAUAUGCUGAGAAGGAGCAGUGUGCGGCCAGGCAUCACAGUGCCCAAAGUGAGGCUCUGCAAGGCCCCGGCUCCGAGCUUUGUACCAGAGAAAUGCCGACGGAGCCGUAACCACAACGAGCUGCAGAUUCCCAAGUGGGAUUACAAGAUGAAGAGAAUAGAGAGGAGGCAGGAGCAGGAGAGGCAGACACUGUUAACUCUGAUCAAGAGGAGGUGAGGGGACGGGACGAGGACAGAGCACAGCAUGAGGGACUGCACCAAACAAUCCAAUGGAUCACAUGAUGCAGUGUUUUUAAUAGUGAAUAACUGAUCUAUUUUCACGUCUGUUUUCUGAGAUUGCCGACACUGUUGAAUUCGUUGCCUUGUUUCUACUUGAGUUCAUGCAUAUUUGUAAAAGCACAAUUUGCGAUGCAGCAUGGGAGCGACACAGGUGCUGAGGACAUAAAUCCACAGUGUACUGUAUGUAGUACGAGUUCCUUAGUGAUGACAGCAGGCAGCUCAAUAUAUAGAGAAUAUAUAUGGUAAAUCCAUUGGCAUGUGGCAAAAGGUACUGAAGAAAAAAGAAGUGUGAGGGUUUCAGUAAUGAAGAGCUCAGCAGAUGGCCUCGAUCUAUUAUAGUCUGUUGACGCCUCAGAAAAAUAUGCUACCAAGCUGCAAACAUAUUCAUUAUAUAACGCUAUAGGCUGGUUAAAGGAAGUUUUGUACCAAUGACCUUGAAACUAGGAAAGUACACACUGCAUUUUCCCUCAUAUAAAAAACUUCUGAGAACCUGUGGUCAAAAUUGGCCUGAUUCUUAACCUAUAAAAAGCUGAACCCUCACAAAGUGUCAUUCUCUUAAGAAAACUAGGAGUCAUUGUGAGAAAGGGGAAAAGAAUAAAAAGAUGUUUAAUUGAGAGAAAAGAUCAGGGAAUACCAGAACAGAGGAUAGGCAGGGAAUACUGCAGCUCUUUGGCCCAUAGUUACAUUUCUUUACAACUAACACAAACACAAAUAGGUUGGGCCAGUAAAACUUUAAUAAAAGUGCUUUGGUGAA